AUGGCUGCCUCUGUUGCUCGCCACCUCUUCCUCGCUGCCUUAUUAGUGGCCGUGCUCGCCGUCGCGGCGCCUCGCUCGGCGGACGCGUGGGGCGGUGACCGCUUCUUCUUCAGCAAGACCACGCGUCCCGAAGCCACCGUCGUUGAGCCCGAGAAGGCUGCCGUGCCCAUCAACGCCGCGACCGCGGACACCGAUGCCGCGCCGGUGUUCUCGCGCCCCUCGACCGCCGGCAGCGGCCGCGGGUACGGGCUCUACGGCCGCCCCGAGGAGAACUACCCGCCGGACUACUUCCGCCGUGGCGUGCACCGCAACGCCGAGAAGCUGACGACGACGACGACGACCGACGUGGCGCCAGCCACAGCAGGUACCGUGGAGGCGGCGGCGGCGGCCCCUGUAAGAGCCCGCGGUGCCGGCGGCGAGCGCGUCUGGACGACGUUCCCCGAAAACGGCAGCGGCAGGGGUCGGCCGCCGACCGACGUGCCGGCCACCACCACCGGCACCGAGGAGGAGGGAGGCGCCGGAGGAGACCUCGACGGCGUCCAGCCGUACCCGGAAAACGGCAGCGGCAGGGGCCGGCCGCCGUGGUACUACACGGGCUUCCACAGGCAGCAGGAGCAGCGGGACUACGGGAUGAGUGACACGAGGCUGUACCAGAACGGCCGCUACUACUACGACGUGGACGCCGGCAGGUACGGCUACGGCCGCGAGUCGAACCCCAUGCGGACGCGCCCCGCCGAGGAGGAGUUCGGCUCCGGCUCCGGGUACGGCCGACACCGCGGCGCCGGCGGCAGGCGCGACAGUAGCUACCAGCAGCAGCAGCAGUACGGCACCGACGAGGAGUUCGCGAAUGGAGCCAUGGAUCAGAACACCAACGGCUUCCAGGAGGAAGCAGGCCAGAACGGAUUAUACAUUCCAUGA